AUUGAAGAAACACAACAUAAUAAGUUAAGGUGGUUGAAAAUCGAAAAAAAUCUUUAAGAGGAUGUAAGUUGCAGAAGAGAAUGACAUCCACAUCAAUGGCGUUGAUUUCACUUUGACACACACACCUACGCAGCAACUGCUACGUAAAUCGACAUGGCCUCAUCCCCUCUUUUCAUAGUCGAAGAAUUCUUGAAUUUAUUAUCCAAUUUUCUUCAACUCUCCCUUAUCCGCCAUUUCAGUACCCACGAAAAAGUAGACUAGACUAUACUACUGUUCAUCAUCAUCAUUCAUAACCAAAAAGGAAAAACGCCGCUUCUUCUCGUGAUUUGCAUAAACAAUUCCCCGCUCCCUCUCUCUCUCUCUCUCUUUCUGCUUUACAGUUUUUACUUGUAUGCUGCCCUUUUACUCCGCCACUUCAAUUUCGCAAAUUGCAAUUACACCGACCCUAACUUUCUCGUGUCCUUCUUGAGGGGUAGAUUGAAAUUUCUGAUCCUGUAUAUAUUUCUUCGAAUAUACUUUGUGGGGUUUUGUUGUUUCCUCCUUUUCUUUUCUUUUUUCUGUUUUGAAUUCCUUUAUGCUCUUUUUUCUUUCCAUUUUGAAAAUCUUUUAGGAGAGAGAGAACCUUUGUUUUUGCACUCAUCUUGCUGCUUUGAUCCUUUCAACAGGUAAUUUGAAUGGGUGCAAAUUAAACUCUGGCAUGAUUGAAGACUCACCUGCGAUUUGCCUUCCACGAUCAUGUGUGCGUUGCAUGGUACUCAUGAAAUAAUAGAGCUGACAGAAAGCUACGACUCCGAAUCUAAAAUUAGCAGAGACACUGGAAAGCAUUGUUUGGGGAAAUCUCUUAAGAAGCCUAGUAUUGAGGAUGACAUCAACAAAAUCUUUGAAGCAAUUGAGAUUGGGAGCUCUCGUCGAGGUAUUGGUCAAUCAGAACGGCACAGUAGAGAUGCGUCACACAAAAGUGCCAUGAAAAGGCCAAUACAAGUUGGCCCUUCUCUUGCUUCAGGUAUUGGAAUUUCGGAACCAGUGAGUUUGAAGCAGGCCCUGCGAGGGUUAUGCAUCUCUCAAGCAUCGGAGAUGGCUGCAGUGAAGAAGCGCAUGCCAAGGCCGUCGGCUUCUCCCGGGAUUUCGGAAGUAGGAGCCAUCAAAAAGUUGUAUAGGGCUGUAGUUAUUGAGGCCGGAGCUGGUCAGCCUCGUGAUGAUGUUAAAGGGAAUUUGAUGGAGAUAUCAUUAGUACCUGAAAGGAGCUCGUCGACUGUAUCACACGUGGCUGUUGAAUCUACAUCUUCACCAUCGAAUCAUGUGAAAACCAAGCAGAUCAGAAGCCCCAGCAAAGGUUUUGGUUUACGUGAACAAAAUUUAAAAACCCAAAGCAUUGCCAAGAAGAAGAUUGUGCAGAAGAGGACCUUUACUACCAAGAAUCGCAGUCAACAUAGUGAAGGACCUAAGAAUGGUAAUGAUUACGAGACCAGCAAACUAGCCCACCAAACACCGGACUCUGUCCUGGAAAAGCGAUGGGAAGAAUUGGAGAAAUCAUCCCCAUCAUCGAGCACAAAUAACGCAGACCUUGUAGUCAGCUCGAAUCCCUUAGAUUCUAGUUCUAGUAAGCACUAUCAUGUUCCACAUACCUUUAUUAGCAAAACGAAGAGAGAUGUGGCAAAAGCUGAUGAAAGAUUGAGAUCAAGGGAAAAAGGAGAGUUCUCUCAAAGUUCAAAAAGUAGCAUAGGAGAAUACAGCAGCACAACAAGCUAUAGUGAUGAGAGCUAUCCCAGUGGAUCUAGUCGAAGUGGCUAUCAGCCUCAUAUGUCGAAGGACUUGAGAUGGGAAGCCAUAAGCUCUGUCCAGAAGCAGCAUGGUAAAUUGGGCAUGACACAUUUUAAGUUGUUGAGGAAGAUAGGUGGUGGAGAUAUCGGCACUGUCUACCUCUCUCAGCUGAUUGGCACGAGCUGCCUCUUUGCCGUGAAAAUUAUGGAUAAUGAAUUUUUGAGCAGCGGAAAGAAAAUGCAGAGGGCUCAAACUGAAAAAGAGAUCCUCGAAAUUCUGGGUCAUCCUUUUCUUCCUACACUUUAUGCCCAUUUUACAACAAAUAAGUAUUUGUGUUUAGUUAUGGAAUACUGUCCUGGGGGCGAUCUGCACGUGCUUCGCCAAAAGCAGGUCACUAAGAGUUUUCCGGAGAAAGCGGCCAGGUUCUACGCUGCUGAAAUACUCCUGGCAUUGGAGUAUCUUCACAUGCUCGGCGUGGUGUACAGAGACUUGAAGCCCGAAAACAUUUUGGUUCGUGAAGAUGGUCACAUCAUGCUGUCAGACUUCGACUUAUCCCUCAGAUGUGCUGCGAAUCCUAUGCUCCUUAGGUCGUCUUCUCGUGUUGCUGAGACACCGAAGAAGAUGUCCAGUCCCUGCUCGGAUUCCAGCUGCAUACAUCCCUUCUGCCUCCAACCAUCAUGGCAGCUUUCAUGUUUCACACCCAAGUUCCUAACCGCUGCAGCCAAAACCCGCAAGCUGAAAUCUGAGCUAGCCGCUCAGGUCAUCCCGCUGCCACAGCUGGUAGUCGAGCCUGUAACUGCACGAUCCAACUCCUUUGUGGGGACACACGAGUACCUGGCUCCGGAGAUCAUCAAAGGGGAAGGCCACGGGAGUGCAGUGGAUUGGUGGACGUUUGGGAUCUUCCUCUACGAGCUUUUAUACGGGAAGACGCCCUUCAAAGGGUCCAGCAACGAGGAUACUAUAUCGAACGUGGUGUCACAGUGCCUCAAGUUUCCACAGUGUCCGAUGGUUAGCUCUCAAGCUCGAGACUUGAUCAGAAGGUUGCUGAGGAAGGAGGCGGAGAACAGGCUCGGGUCUGCAAAGGGUGCUGCGGAAAUCAAGCAACAUCCGUUUUUCGAGGGCCUUAACUGGGCGUUGAUCAGAUGCGAGACGCCACCGGAGCUGCCCAAGUUCUUUGAUUUUGGUAAUGUUAUCUCCGACACUGUUUCUCACAGUAAAAAGAGCAAGCUCCCCACGGAAUUUGAGGAGAGGGGAGAUGGAAUGCAGUUUGAGAUGUUCUAGCAAAAUGAGAAUGUGGUAAUCAACACUCAAAUAGGUUAGUGUUUAGUGUUUUUGUUUUCUUCCUUUGCUGUUUCUAACUCGAGAUUUCCUCUUUCAUGUAACUUAUAUAUAGAGAGAGAGAGCGUAUAUGUAAAUGUGUUUUUUAUUUUUUUGGAAGUUGGCAGCAGAUAAACAAUGAUAACGUUGUUGAGGAAUACAAAGCUAUAAUAGAUGCAUAUAUCUGAAA